CGGCGGGACCGACGGGGUCGCCGGGGGGGGGGGGGGGGGGGAUUUCGGCCUGUAGGGUCCGCGGGGCGCGGAGGUAAGGGGACCGCUACACGCGGGGGGGGGGGCUCGGGCUGCCCAGUGCAGACCCGUGCCACUCUCCGUAUGCCGGGCGUGCACCGUGGACGCUGGGUGUGCUUGUGCCAGGCCCACCAGAGCCGAGUAAGGGCUACUCCUAACGCGGGGCGCUGCGGGCGCCUCGCAACCCUGACCGGACGGGCCCACGAAGCAAAAGAGGGGGGGGGGGGGGGGGGGGGGGGGGGGGGGGGGGGGGGGGGGGGGGGCGGCCCAGCCGAUGUCUGA